CCGCUCUCCGCCUCCGCUCAGAACUUAUCAAACCGCUCGUUGAGAAAUGUGAAUUAUCUGUUUCGUCGUGUUGUAUGUUUUAGUGAAACCGGGUGAAUUCUGCCGUUAAUCUGCUGUUUCGCGGCGCCAGUUCUGGGUUUAGCGGUGAAAAACGAAGAGGGAGCGGCGGGCGCUGCUAGCCGGUUAGCCCGGCGUUUCUUGCUAGCUGGCUACGGAAGUUAGCGGGCUGCGGCUAACAGCUCGCCCGGAGGCGGCUCUCCUCUUCCGCGCAUUUCCAGCCUCGUCUCCGGGGCUCCGCGGCUGGCGAACCGGCUCCGCUCACCGCGGCUCCUCCGAUGUCCUCCUCGGUAGAAGUAAUCCCAGUUCGAGGAUGAGGAGAGCGGGUAGUCUGCGCUGAGCGGCUGCUUUCCGGAGGCUCUUUUGUUUUGACAAAGAACCGAGGAGCCGCUUUCUUUCUACUUCUCCCCCGGCGGAGGGCACUUCUCCUCCUCUCGCCCCUCCCGGGCCCGGGUCUCUUCUCCGAUGGCCCCUCACAAGCAGGGCGGGAGCCACCAGGUGGGGUUCGGUUCUGGGGGGAAAGCCAAUGGCGUGUACCAGCCGUCCUCCGCCGCCGCGGCUGCAGCCAAGAAGCCGAACAUGCAGCUCCUCCAGGCGGACCACGAGCUGUUCCUGCAGGCCUUCGAGAAGCCGACUCAGAUCUACCGCUUCCUCCGCACCAGGAACCUGAUCGCGCCCAUCUUCCUGCACAGGACGCUCACUUACAUGUCGCACAGAAACUCCAGGAGCAACGCCAAGAGGAAAAGCUCCAAGGUGGACAACCUGCUGUUCAAGGUGGAGAAGAUGCGAGGAGAGCAGGAGACUCACAGCUUGGCCUCAAACCUGCAGCUCACCUUCACCGGCUUCUUCCACAAAGCGGGAAAACCGUCUCAGGACAGCGAGAACGAGCAGAACUCGGUGUCUCUGGAGGUGCUGCUGGUCAAAGUCUGCCACAAGAAGAGGAAGGACGUGAGCUGCCCGGUGAAGCAGGUUCCCACGGGGAAGAAGCAGGUGCCGCUGAACCCCGACCCCGGCGCCGGCGUCCCGGCCAAGGCGGUCGCGGCGCCGUCGCUCCUGGUGCCCAGCAGCGAGUUCGAGCCCAGCAACUCCCACAUGGUCAAGUCCUACUCGCUGCUGUUCCGGGUGUCCAGGCCCGGCUGUGCCCGGCCGCCCGUCAACGGCCUGGCCAACGGGGAGAACCACUACAGCAGAGAUUAUUCAGAGGACGUGGUGAACAGGAAGAGGAGGAGCUCCGCCCUCAGAGACGAGGCCGAGACCACGUUCGUGGCUCAGAUGACGGUGUUCGAUAAGAACAGGCGGCUGCAGCUGCUGGACGGAGAAUACGAGGUGUCCAUGCAGGAGAUGGAGGACUGUCCCGUCAGCAAGAAGAGGGCCACCUGGGAGACCAUCCUGGACGGGAAGCGCCUCCCCCCCUUCGAGAGCUUCUCCCAGGGUCCCACGCUGCAGUUCACGCUGCGCUGGACCAGCGACUCCGCCGACAGAUCCACGGCUCCGGUGGCCAAACCUCUGGCGACCCGCAACUCCGAGACCAACCAGGACCCCCGAGCCAGCACGCUGAGGGCCACACACCCCCCGGCCGUCAAAGAGCCUUUAAGCUCCGACGUCCAGACGCGAAGAGAGCAGAUCUCAGCGGAACCUCGACAGAAGCUGCGGAUCUUCUACCAGUUUCAGUACAAUCAGAACACGCGGCAGCAGACGGAGGCCCGGGACGACCUGCACUGCCCCUGGUGCACGCUCAACUGCAGGAAGCUGUACAGCCUGCUCAAACACCUCAAGCUGUCGCACUCCCGCUUCAUCUUCAACUACGUGCCUCAUCCCAAAGGAGCGAAGAUCGAGGUGUCCAUCAACGAGUGCUACGACGGCUCGUACGCCGGGAACCCCCAGGACAUCCACAGCCAGCCCGGCUUCGCCUUCAGCAGGAACGGCCCCGUCAAGAGGACGGCCGUCACGCACGUGCUGGUCUGCAGGCCCAAGAGGACGAAGCCCAGCCUGUCGGAGUUCCUGGAGCUGGAGGACGGCGAGCGCGAGCAGCAGCGCACGUACAUCAGCGGACACAACCGGCUCUACUUCCACAGCGACUGCUGCCUGCCGCUGCGGCCGCAGGAGAUGGAGGAGGACAGCGAGGACGAGCGGGACCCCGACUGGCUGAGGGAGAAGACGGUGAAGCAAAUCGAGGAAUUCACUGAUGUGAACGAGGGCGAGAAGGAGAUCAUGAAGCUGUGGAACCUGCACGUCAUGAAACACGGCUUCAUUGCAGAUAACCAGAUGAACGAAGCCUGCCUGCUGUUCGCCGAGCAUCACGCCGACGUGAUCAUCGGCCGCAGCCUGGGCCGCAACUUCCUGCUGCACCUGAUCAGCAUGCACGACUUCAACCUGAUCAGCACCUCCACCAUCGACCGCGCCAUGGCCAGGCUCCGCCUCCUCCGGGGCCAGGGCGCCCGCGCCGAGGAGGGGGAGGAGGAAGAGGAGGAGGAGGAAGAGGACUGGGCCACGGCAGAGGAGUCCCAACCGGAACCCGAUCCGGAUCCGUCAGAGUUUAAAUCCAGUGACGAGACCAGCAACGGCUGCUUCGACGAGCAAGACGGAGACGAGCCGGAGAGAAUGAAGGCCCCGACAGAAACUCUUCUGAAGUGACUGACGAGAAACGGUGACGGCCAGAGGCCGCAAGAACAAACAGGACACACACACACACACACACACACUCUCACACUCGGUUACUGCAGGGAUUCUCACAAACAAGACAAACUUUUUUUGAUUGAGCAAAGUCGCUCUCUUUUCACUUUUCAGGAGUUUUCACCAGCUCGACGCGUCGGUCCCGUCAGGUUCAGAGGUGCUGCAGCAGCUGCUGCCUCUUCACACACACACACACACACACCACACACACACACACACAACUCACAGGCUUCCGGGAGUAGAUCUCAGGGCUCCAAACGGGAUAUCACUGAGGGAGUCAAUCCCUAAAGGGACCUCUUACGCUCCGCCCGGCCGGCCGGUCGCCCGUUUCUCUGCCUGAACAGAAAUCCUGUUUGUCUCUCUGUGGGAGAAACGAACGUUCAGUAUUACCGACAUGCGACCCGGGCUUGUAAUUUGACAGCAGUAUCCUGGCCGACGUGUGCUGAAGCUGCGUCUCUUCACAGGUUUUAUAAACCUGCUGCUUUUUAGUUAGCUUCAGUUUGGAUGAGAACUUUAAAGAGUCAAUCCUUCUGAACAGAACCAGGAAAAACCAAACAGGCGGAUCAGAGAUAAACUCAGUCUUGUUUCAGUGUUGAAAUGCUUCUUCCAGUAAAACCGAUCAAGUUGACCUUUGACCAUGACAAUUUUAAUCUUUUUAACUGAGCUCAACUUCUGAGCUUGUAAUUUGACACCAGCUUCGUAAUUGUGUUGUGAAUAAAUCUCAGGAGCAACUUUCAUAACUUGUUAAUCAUCUGACUUUCAAACAUGGCGUUUAGCGCAGGAGCGACCGUCGCUGUAAUUUGACACCAGCCUCGCACUUUGUGUUUGCAGCACAGAUUAUUUCAGAGCGUUGAAGGGCGUUCAUCGCAGGAGAAGCUUUAUUUCCAAACAGGGCAAUCAGAUAAAUUAGCUGGAUUAUUUGAGGUGGUAAUUUGACACCAGCCUCCUGCUGUUUGUCGGGAUCAUCAGUCUGCGGGAGACGCUCGACAGUUGGGUUAUUAAUGCAGGUAGUUUGACACCAGCCUCAUGGUUACUAUCUCAGCUUCUGUACAUAUUUUUUUUUAAAGCAGAAAAAAGAUUCCGAUGUGGCGUGUAAUUUGACACUUUUGUUUUCUAAAAAAUAAAAAUGUAAAAAAAAAAAAAAGCGUAAAAGUUCCCCUUUAGGUUCCCCUCGUAUGUACAGGGUUCUUUAUUCAGUCCCAUCGUAUUUAAAGUGAAGGAAACCUGGUGCUUUAUCUCGGGACUACUUUCAGGGGCGGAUUGAUACACAUUGGUGCUGUUUCCGUUAUGUAGAUUUUGUAUGUAUUUCUUCUUCUUUGGGCUCCGAAUCUGUUCCGAAGCUGCAGUUUGACCCCCGUCCUCGAACCGGUGACCCACGCAGUGCGCUCCACUGAACUACAGCACUCUGUGUGCUCGCACUUCCCAGUGUUGCUCCGCUGUGUGACUCCAAAGCGACCUCUACUGCCAGCACACGCCGUGACACGUGGACGAUUCGCUGUUAAGCCCCGCCUCUUUUUACACAGCAAAAAAAAAAAAAAACAACAACCAAAUGGGACGCAGCC